GCGAGUUAAUGCUCACAGAGAACAAUCGCCUCCGGCUUGCUUCUUAUUGUUUCGCUCCGCCGCCUUCUUCCUCUCCAAGAAAUGUUCCUUGGCGGAAUGGUCUAUUGCAGGUAGGUAAUUACGGCUUACUUGCCCCCCUACUUCUCUAAUAUUGAGAGAGAGAGAAAGCGAGCUAGAGAGAAGGGGGAGGAGAUGGUGCUGUGGGAGAUAACGUUGGCGACGGCAUACUUCUUGGGGUUGAGGCGAACCUACCGACUCGCCCUCAGGAUCCAGCGGCGCAUCGUCGGCCCUCGUCACCCCGAGACCAGGCAAUUCCUCCACAGGAGGACGCGCAGUAUUUUUGAUGUGGUGGUCAGAGUUGUUCAAAGCAUACAACACAAGGACAUGGAAGCCGGGAGGAGUAUAGGGAACUCUGUCCUUCGUUGGCUCGAUCCAACGAAACCAUCAGCACAAGUUGGUGUCCAUAGUGGGAAACCUCCAAUUAGCAGUAUCUGCAUGUCCAAGUAUGCUGCAAGCCGUAGUCAGCUGCUGCGAACAGGGAGGAGUAUUGUACGCAUCACAGAUCAGGUCAAGAGAGGUCGAUCCUUCUUUACUCCCUGGAACAUCCCCAUGAAAACUUUCCCAACUAUAGGCAUGAUGAUGCAGCCUAUGAAACCAGCAGGGUUGAAUGGCCAGUACAGGCAUGCUUCUCAGUACAUUCCCAAUUCGUCAGCCAUAGUUCAUAGUAGAAUUAUUGGCGGAGCUGAAGGUGUUCUCCGCAAGGACAUCGCACAGUGGAUGCUGCAUACUUGAUGAGAUUCAACUUCAAAAAACCUGCCUGUAUGUAUAUGUGAUGAUCAGUUCUUUUAAACUGAUUAAAGCAAGCUUUUUGAAGAUGUUGGAUGUCCGGGUGGAUUUCCAUAGCAUGAUGAACUGUUCACAAUAAUGUUUAGAGAUAAUUUGCAGUCUCUUUGUAGCGUGUAUCUUUGAAGUAUCUCGAGGUAUUUUUGAAUGUUCAACCUUAGUACUUGGUCUUAUCUU